GGUGUAAUACAUUGCAGUUACGAAGAGGACGAGUUGAAAGUGGAUAAAAUGGCGCCAAAGUAUGAGAGGUUAGGGAAUGGCGUCGAAUGUCCUGAAAAAGUGGAGCUAAUUUUGGAAAAAUGCAAAGAAAUGGGCACAACUAAUGACACGAAUGGCAGAUUGUUGUGGGAUGUAUUGGACAGCUUUAAAUAUAUCGGUUACCAAAAACCAAUAAUCCGUGACGUGAUUAUGGAGAGCCCUAGUAUUUCGAACUACGAGAAAGUUAAUAACUACUGCAAACUGGCCAAUAACACCAUGUUGACAUAUUGCGCUAUACUCAAUUCGAAAGUGAUCGAGUCGAAAAAACUACGAGAUCGUGUUCUUGGUUAUCUAACCAAUGCUGCCAGCCAAACUAAAGUUAACUUGGGCGAAGCACUAUGUAUUAUGAAGAAAUUCUGGGAGGAUGUGCUGAAUAUGCACGAAGACAAAGAUGGAUUCAGAGAGUCCACUCGCGAACGUAUCUCAACCUUUCCCUCAAUCGUGACCAGAGCUGAGGAACAUUUCGGUGUGAAAGCGGACGACAAAUGCGAACUCGGCGAGAAGUACCCUGAUACGAAAUACAAAUCAAUUACCGUGUCGCUUGUUAAAGAAGAGUUGAGUGUCGAUAAAAUGACGCCAAAGUAUAAGAGGUUAGGCAAUGGCGUCGAAUGUCCGGAAAAGGUAGAGCUAAUUAUGGAGAAAUGCAAAGACUUGGGUUCAACUAAUGAUACAAAUGGCAAAUUGUGA